AUGCGGCCCAACACCUGGCUCACGGGCUUUGAAGCGCUCUCAGCCCGCCUAGCCCCCUGCGAGCCAACGAUCAAGUCCCGCUGCAUCGCGAUUCUUGUCGCCGACGGCUUUGACCGCGCGCAAGUCAACGGCGUCCGCACCACACCGCUCAAGGCCGGAAUAGCGAAGCCGACCUCCCCACGCAAGCAGGGCGGUCUCGGUCCAAACCUCAGGCUCCUGCUCGUCGAACACCGCGACAUGUCCAUCUCGCCUGAUUACGUUGUGCUCGUUGAGGACGAGGGCAUCGCCCUCUGUGGGCUCUUCAUCAUCGACCCAUAG